UUGUAUUCCAAUAUGCAUACUAUAAUAAGGUCAUAGCUAUUGCUUUUAAAUAGGUAGCGCCUCAAAAGGCUGAGCGGCGUCUCAACCCAGCACAAAUCGAAAGAUGUUUCUUUUGUGCUCUGAGCUGUGACUUUUAGUAUACCCGAACUAUCACCAUGAUUCAUACUUCUUUGAAGAAUAAGACCCCAUUUGUAAUGUCUGUCUAAUCGUUCUUUCACCACCACCAUGCAAUUAGCCUCUAUCGUCUGUCAUUUUGCCCUUUUGAUGCCAGUUUAUGGUGCAGCAAUUAAUAUCCCUGAUUUUACCAAUACAGUAGCCUGUCCCUCGCAGCACCCCGAGAAGCCUUUUAACAGCCCUGAUGACGCGAUUACGUACAUCCAAGACUCGUUUCUCGUAUUAACCCAGGACCUCAUCACUAGAGACUUCUUGAUCCAGCUAGGGCUCGGCUGGAUGGCAGCUCUGGGGGAAAAAGUGGAAAACAUGCAAAACCACUCAAUAGAGAACCUCCUAUUUCUACAAAACAGUUCUAGUAUGUUGGUUUUCAACACCAGUGAGUCUCGUCUCAUACCAACCAACAGUACCCGUGGAGAUAUUGCCCAGUUUAUAUACCACUCUAUUCCUUUCACUUUGCCCACAUUUCACUGCUUAGCUGAGUAUUAUAUGGUUAUUCCAAAUAGCUAUAUCAUGGCAAACAACCCCGAGUACUCGCGGAGUUCCCAUGAAGAUGCUAGAAGAGCCACAGAUGUCAAAGUGGCAAAGAAAUUCAAGGAUCAGGUCCCAUGGCGACACCUUGACACUAGCAGGCCCACCUUAAUUUUGAUAAUUAACGGCGGCAGUUCGAUCAGGGACACGGUCAAGACGCCGUUCAUGGGUACCAAGGACUGCUUGCCAGUAAACGGUGACGGGAGCUCCAUCGACGCCUUUUUCGAUACCUUAGCAGAUAGCUGGGCGGGGAAAUUAGGGAUUACACCGUUGUUACAUUCAGUUUUUUGCACGAUCCAGAUGGGACACACAGACCAUAGUUUCUGUGUACAGCUUAGUAAGGACAACACCGAGAUAUCUCUUACUCACGCAUUUGCCCAAGCGCCGACGGAUGAGUUUGCUAAGCAGACCGUAGAGCUUUACAGGCCCAAGCUCAACCCAAAAUUGAUCGCAGGAAAGUUUUUGGGGAGAAUUAACGGCGCGAGAACGGCAUUAGUUCCGGAAGUGAACGAACUUGAGACAUCUUUUGGAGCGAUGGCUCGGAAUUCAGAAGUAAACGUAUUCAAACGGCAGCAUCGCGAAUAUCCGUUCUGGGAGGACGCAACCAUUCCACUAGCGAUGGUACAGGCGGUAGAAACGAAGGUAUCCAGUCCGCGAAAUAAGAGCUACUCGCAGGUGUUGAUCGAUCCCGAUACGGAAAUAUCACUCAUACGGCGAAAUGGCAAGAGUCCGAAAACGGUGCAGAAACGGGAGCAGGCAAAGGCCAGAACAGAUGCCUCUACGGAAUGUGCCAAAGUGACUUGGUACAAUUUAUUCCAUCAUAGCGUGUUUGGUAAGCCUACAAAUUUCUGCGUGUAGAGUUUAUGGAACCACCUGUCAGAAUGCUUGUCUGAGCGGUUUGCUGUAUUUUGUAACCCUCUCUUUAUCCGACGGCUCUCCUGAGAACUCUGCCGAUUUGGUUCUGCAUC